AUGACAUCUAUAUCUGUGAACCAGUUCGGUUUUAUACCGGGUCGCUCCACUACAGAAGCUAUCCACCUUGUCAGGAGAUUGGUGGAACAAUUCAGGGAUAAGAAGAAGGACUUGCACAUGGUGUUUAUCGACUUGGAGAAGGCGUAUGACAAGGUCCCUAGGGAGGUGCUAUGGAGGUGCCUGGAGGCGAAGAGCGUGCCGGAAGCCUACAUCAGAGUAAUCAAGGACAUGUACGAUGGAGUUAAGACUAGGGUUAAGACGGUGAGUGGCGACUCAAACCAUUUCCCGGUGGUUAUGGGGCUCGAUCAAGGAUCGGCGCUUAGUCCUCUCUUGUCUAAGACAGAUCACCUGGAGUGCAAGUUUAGCGCCGAGCCGAGUGAAGUAGGCAGGGACAUGAAGAUUGGAUCUCAGGUCAUCGCCAAGAGGAGGCUUGCAUUAGGAGUCCUGUGUGAUAAGAAAGUGCCACAGAAACUCAAGGGGAAGUUUUAUAGAGCUGUGGUUAGACCUGCCAUGCUGUAUGAGGCAGAGUGCUGGCCGGUGAAGAACUCUCAUGUUCAGAGAAUGAAGGUUGCGGAGACGAGGAUGCUCAAGUGGAUGUGCGGGCUCACCAGGCUAGAUAAGAUUAAGAAUGAAGUUAUUCGAGAGAAGGUGGGGGUGGCCCCAGUGGAUGAGAAGAUGCGAGAAGCGAGGCUCAGGUGGUUCGAGCAUGUGCGGAGGAGAAGCCCUGAUGCCCCGGUGAGGAGUUGUGAGCGGCUGACGGUGGUUGGCGCGAGGCGAGGCAGAGGGAGGCCUAAGAGGUAUUGGGGAGAGGUGAUUACGCAGGACAUGGCUAGAAUGCGGAUUUUCGAGGACAUGGCCCUUGAUAGAAAAGUCUGGAGGUAUCAGGGUUGUAGGAUAGGGGCUUCUAGAAUUUUUCGUACUCCUUUUCCGGGGUUGGGUGGGGCUUGGUAG